AUGAUACGAUUGAUAUUUUUGUUUAUGGUUGAUUUCUUCAUUGGUGUUAUUAUUAUUAAUGUUUUUUUUGAAUAUGUAAAAUGCGAGAGUAAGUUAGUUAGUAUUAACAAUGAACUUCCAAGAAUAAAAAAUAUAAAUAAUACAUUUAAAUCGAUUAAGUUGUUUGAUGGUUCAAAAAAAAAAAAAAAAAGUAAUUACUUAUUCUUAUCAAAACAUAAUUUUAGAAAGAAGAAUGAUAUUGUUAUACCUUCAUCAACAAAAAAAAAAAACUUUCUUUUAAAAUAUCAAAAGAGAAAUCAUUUUUUAUAUCGAAUAAUAUGUAAUCAUAAUUUUUUAAUUCUUAACAACACUUCUUUUUUAAAACCUACAAAAUUAACCAUUUUUAAUCAUGAAGCUCCUAAAAAUAAUAUAACACCAAAUGAUUCAGAAAAAGAAAAAAAAAAAAAUAAAGCAUUACCAACAGAUAAAGUAAAUAAUAAAAAAGAAGAAAAUGUAUUACCAAUAGAGAAAGAUAAUGAUAAAAAUGUAGAAAAUAUAUUACCAAUCGACAAAAAAAAUGAUAAAAAUGUAGAAAAUAUAUUACCUAUCGACAAACAAAAUGAUCAUAAUGAUAAUGUAACCUUACCAGUUAAUAAUUUAAACAAAGAUCAAACUAAUAAUUUGUCUUUAAUAAACAAUGAAGAAAAUAAGAAUAAGAAGAAUGUAUCUGAAAAUAAUGAUACAUGGAAAAAAUAUUUACAAGAUAAAAGAAAGAAGGAAAUAUUAAAGGAUAUGGAAAAUAAAAGGAACAAUAAUAAUAAUAAAAAGAAGAAGUAUAAUAAUGAAUAUAUAAAAAAUAUAAAUAAAUAUACACAUAAUAAUAAUAAUAAUAAUAGUACUUGUAGUAGUAAUAUGUGUGAUAUUAGUCAGAAAGACGAAUUAAAUGAAAACGAUGAAAUUAUUCAAGACGAACGUAAUUAUUUUAAUGAUCAUAAUAAUGAUUACUAUGAUGAUGAUAAUGAUUAUUAUGAUGAUGAUAAUGAUGAUAAUUUUAUUGAUGACGAUGAUGAUUAUUAUAAUGAUGAAGAUAAUAAUUACAAUGAACAAUAUAAAGAUUUAGAAGAACAAGAAAAACAAUAUAAUAAUUCACAAAAUGGAAAAUUUCCAUAUUUUAAUAAUAUAAAUGAUACAAAUAAACAUUUUAAAAAUCACAAAAAUUAUAAUGAACAAAAUAAUAAUAAUAAUAAUAAUAAUAAUUCUUCAUCAUUAAAUGAUAGUUUAAAUAAUAUUUUUGCUUCAAACAAAAAAAAUGAUUUACCAUUAUUCUUCUCAUUAAAUAAUAAAUCAUUUGAAAAUAGUAACAAUAAAUAUUUUGAUAAAAUCUGUAGUAUAUCUCCAAAUGAAUUAAUAAACAGAUUUUUUGAAAAUACAUCUGAAAGAGUUAAAGAAGCUGUUAAAAAUAUUAUAUUUAAUAUUAUAGGCAAUAUACAAAAAUAUACAAUUGAAACUUCUAUAUUAAUUACUUAUGAAAAAAUAUAUAAUUUCUUAUUACAAAUUAUAUUAACAGGAUAUAUGAUAAAAAAUGCAGACUAUAGAUUAAGUUUAAAUGAAUCCUUAUAUGAUCAAAAUAAUAUAUUGAAUAAAAAAGAUUAUGAUGAACAAUCAGAUAAACAAGAAGAUCAAAAAAAAGAACAAAUAGAUGUAAAUAAAGAAAAACAACAAAAACAUGAAUAUCAAGAAGAAGAUUUAUUUAAUUUAAAAAAAUCUUUUCAUACAUUAUUUUCUGAUAAUAAUAUAAAUAAUAUGUCAGAAGAACAAUUAAAUAAAGGCGACAUAUUAAAUUCAAAACAUAUAAUUGAUCCAGAUCAUAAUAAUAUUGAUAAUAUUGAUAAUAAGGAUAAUAUCGAUAAUUUACAAAGAAAUGGAGAAUCGAAUAAUAAUUACCCUAUUAUUAAUACCAAAAAUUAUAUACUUUUUUUAAGGAAAAAAAUUAACUCCUUAGAAAAACAGCUAAAUAUGUUAAAAGAAAGUAAAACAUUUUUAAAUGAUGAUUUACUUUCUUAUAUUAAAUCAUUAACAGAAAUUCAACUACGUUCCUUGACAGAUAAUAUUGGACCACUUGUAUUAGAUUCUACCAAAAAAAUUGUCGAAUUAGUAAUUCAAGGUAUGACUCUAAAUAUAAAUAAAAAUAUGUCUAAUGAACUUAUAUAUGUAAGUGGUUCAGUUCUAACAUAUAUAUGCUUCUGGCAAUUAAUUAUUGGAUAUACACUCAGAGAAAUGGAAAUAAGAGACGAACUUUCAGAUUAUCUAAAGGGAAAUUGA